AUGGAUUUCCUCCGCGCUUGGGUCUUGUGCACCGUCUUCCUCGGGUUGACUAAGGCUUUUACGCAUGAGGAUAUGAAGGAGACGCUCCUGCGCAAACUGGGCUUGGAUGAGGUUCCAAAGAUCCAUAAGAGGGAUUUGGAGAAUUUGGUUGUCCCGGCUCAUGUCAGAAACAAAUACUUGUCAAUGCUGAAGAUGCACCACAGCAGGAGACGGCGAUCUUUGCCGAGCUUGGUCGGCAUUUUGAGAGGGAUUCCUGGCAAUGCUGACAUCCCCGGCGAAUAUAUAUAUUCGGACACGACCCGGCAUCGAAUGGUGUUCGACAUGGAGUCAAUAAUCCCAGAAAACAGCGAGGUGACCAUGGCCGAGCUUAAACUGUACCAAAGAGCGUCGCACAACAAGCGCCUCGCGGUAGAGAGGAAGAACCACAGAGCCGUCAGCAACGCCCGAGUCAGCAUCUACUGGGUCGAGGAGUUGCCAAACGGAUCCAACCGCACCUCACUCGUGGACUCACGGUUGAUCCCCAUUCACGAAACGGGCUGGAAGAGCUUUGAUGUGACCCAGGCCGUGCAUUAUUGGUCCAAGACUCAGCAGCAGAGGACGCCAAUGCACCUGGAGGUGUGGAUCGAGGGCGAGAGACCUGGCAGCUACGCGGCGGAGGUGGCGAAAAGUGUGCGCUUUACCACCCAGGAGCAGACGGACAACACCUUGGGCAAACCCGAGCUGGUCCUCUACACACUCAACCUCGAAGAGUACGGUUCUCGCGGUGACUGCGACGUGAACCAGAGCAAGGGCACCUGCUGCAGGGAGGAGUACUUUGUCGACUUCCGCGCCCUGACGUGGACCCAGUACUGGAUCAUCGAACCGGCCGGGUAUCAGGCCUUCAGGUGCACCGGAAGUUGCAAGCAGCCCAAGCGUAACUAUGGCUACGGGGAGAGGAGGUGCACGGUGUCGGAGAGCGCCCCCUUGCCCAUUAUGUACCUGGUGAAGAAGGGCGACUACACGGAGAUCGAAGUGGCAGAGUUUCCCAAUAUGAUCGUGGAGAGGUGCGCGUGCACCAUGGACAAUGUCUCCAUAGUGUGACAUCAUGGAAACAUGGUAUAUUUAAAGGGUUAUAAAAAGUACUUCCUAUUUAAAUGGACAAUCACAUGGGAG